UAGUAAUUGAAAUAGAUAUUGCAUCUCGUUCAACCUGUAACACAUAACUGGCAACGAUGUGAAAGCAUUAUGACCCAGUUUUAAAAAGACGAAACGAAGAAGACUAAACCUACAUUUUAGAAAGUAUAAAAAGCAGAUGAAUAGCGAAAUAAACGAAAAGUGUACGUACAGCGAAAAAAAGUCUAAUAGAUUGAUUGGAGAAGUAAAUGAAUUGAAGUCGGCUCUCAGAUGAACUGUUAAUGUGACGAAGUGUAAUCUACGGAUGCAUUGAAAGUACUAUAGUUUGCACACAUUAUUGAUCUCCCACCAAAUGCCAAACGACAAAUACGAGUACAUGUUUCUAAAUGACAGAAUAUGAAAAAAGUCACAUCUAUAAAAAAAAAAAAAUAAAUAAUAAAUAUAGAAUUAAAUAAUGUAUACUCGAAGUACAAAAAGUGCAAUUUACCAAAAGAAAACCUUAUCACACACAUACAUACACGUACAUAAACUUGUAUGUAAUUAGAAAGUACUCACAUUAACGAUCCUUAUUGAAAUUUAGUGAUAUUACGCGCAUCCUUUGAUUACACGAAGCCAAUUCAAUGUACAUACAUGGAAUAUAAAUUGGCAAUUUGUGAAUCCGUAUCAGUGCAGCUCCUAAGUUAACCGCAAUUGAAGUUAGCAGAACUUAACAAAGCACUGAAGUACAGCUCAUUUUGUGCAUUGCUUUGAACUACGUCCAAUGCCGCUGAUCAAAGAAAACUUGCAGCUCCUUCGAAUUAGUUCAUUAGCGGCAUUCGUCAGCAACGUAGCUUUAGUAACAGAACAUUUAAGUACUUAAGUAAUACUUGCACACUUAAAUAAUAUUGCAGCUGCCAAUUAUGCUGCCCUGGUGGUGUUAUGUGUUAAUUGUGGGGCUGGUGCUUUAUGCUCUAUUCGAACUCCAUUACUUCCUGCGUAUGUGCCUUUGUGUAGUUUCAGCGCGUUUCGUUAAGGGCAAAUGUCACAUUUUGGAAACGACCACAGUAGGAGGUAUCUGCCUCACUAAUGACAUCGACUGGCUGCUGUACCACAUGAACAAUGCGCGUUACUUGCGAGAGUUGGAUUUUGCACGAGUCGAUUUCUAUGAGCGCACAGACUUGUAUCGGACAAUAAAAGGGAAAGGUGGUUCUGUAUUUCAGGGAGCGGCUACCAUACGGUAUCGGCGCUUUAUCAGACCCUAUCAUCGUUUUCAAAUACAAUCACGAAUCAUCUAUUGGGACGAUCAAUCUGUUUAUAUGGAACAUCGUUUUGUAAGGCCCUCCGAUAAAUUCGUACACGCAAUUGCAAUAUGUCGGCAACGCAUUGUCGAUUGCUCAGCGGAUGAGGUGAUGAAUGAAUUAUUGGCACCUAAAAGUAUGCAAUUGCAAGCUUCUCACAAUACUGUUACCUCAACGGCGAGCCUGGAGAAUAAUAGUACCGUAACCACAACAAAUUUGGAUGUGGCCGAAAAUGGACAAGCACGUGUUAAAUUGAAACCUGAUGUGCCACCGGAGAUUCAAAAAUGGAUCGAAUAUAAUGAUUUGUCAAGUAAGAAUCUACGCGCCAAUUGCUGAUAGUUAUGGGCAGUAGAAUUGCAGAUAGUCAAUAUAAAUACUAUACAAAUACAUACAAAAAGUGCUUACUUAGUUUAUGGUUAUGCGUGUCUACAUAUUCGAGUACAUACAUAUGUGCAUAUAUACAAACAUAUAUAAAUUUAAAUACGUAUAUAUUUAUGUAGUUGCACUUAUUAAAUGCUAAAGAAAAAUAGAAAAUUGCGAAGAAGAAAGAAUUUAUUUAUUUUUGGAAAUAAUUUUAGUAUUCAAAUCUUGAUAAAAUAUUUUUGUGUUAAUUUUUAGUUUUCUAUACAAAUAGAAAUAUGUAAAUUUUGGAGUGAGAUCAACGUACAUAUAUGCCAAUGUGAGAGAUGAACUACCUAAAAUAAAUGUAUGUGUAAAUGUGUGCAAAAAGGGUGAAUCCUAAACCAAUAAAUAAAGGCAAAUUUGUAGAAAAUCCUCA